AUGGCAGCCCGGAACUCACCCGCUCAAUCCGACGGGGCGAAGAAAGAGAGAUAUCCGCAGCUGAAUCACGAAGCGCGACCUCGCCAUCUAGGCUCUGUAGAAGGUCGCCUGAAUCAAUUCAUAGGCGGCCACUAUGCUGGAGUAAAUCUCUCGGCACUCCACUUUGCCGACCGCAAAGACGACCCUUCGCACGUGUCGCUCUCAGUCUGGUCAGCGCCCGGUCGCUCCAAGCCCUCCUUUGCAGAGGCAAAGAGGCAAACCUACAAGGCGACGAAGAAGGGCGAGCAAUUUGGACCUAGCUGGACCAACCACUGGUUCAAGAUCGCACUGCACAUACCCAAGGAAUGGGAGGGGUAUGAGCGGGUUCAAUUCGAGUUUGACUGCUCCGGCGAGGCUAUGGUGUUUACGACCGAUGGGGAUCCUAUCCAUGGCCUUACCGGUGGAUGGGGCGAAGACCGUCGCGUCGAGUUUAUUAUUCCUCCGUCGGCACGCAAAGCCGGUGUCGCCCAUUUCUACAUUGAAGCUUCCUGCAACGGCAUGUUCGGUAUCGACAACAUGGCCCCACCUGACCAGAAUCGGUACUACAAGCUCAACUCGGCGGAUCUCGUCGUUCCCAACAUGGAGGCCUGGCAUCUCAUGUGGGACUUCCAAACGCUUCACCAGACCAUGCGGGAAUUACCGGACGACACACCGCUCCGGAACCGAUGUCUGCAUGUGGCGAAUGAGAUCAUGAAUGUCUUUCAGGAGGGAUCGCUAGAGUCGGUGACGAAGUGUCGCAAGGUGGCCGAGGAAAUCCUGGGCGAGGCGUGGGAAAAGGAGAUUGGCAAGGAGAGCAAGAAGGCGGCAAAGGAGCGGGGCGCACUAUGGGGUGUUGGGCAUUGCCACAUCGAUACUGCCUGGCUAUGGCCCUUCUCAGUCACCCAGCAAAAGUCCGCCAGAUCCUGGUCGACUCAAAUCGACCUGAUGGACCGAUAUCCCGAGCACCGCUUCUCCGCGACCCAAGCUCAGCAAUUCAAGUGGACGGAGCAGCUCUACCCGUCUCUUUUCGCUCGAAUCAAAGAGCGCGUGGCGGAAGGCUCGUUCCAGCCUACUGGAGCAACCUGGGUCGAAAUGGACUGCAACAUGCCCAGCGGGGAGGCGCUCGUCAGGCAGUUCCUGUACGGUCAGAGGUACUAUCACAGCCGAUUUGGGUUCAAGUGCAAGACCUUUGUCCUGCCUGAUACAUUCGGCUACUCGAGUCAGCUCCCGCAGAUCGCCCGCCUCGCUGGCUGUGACAACUUCUUCACCCAAAAGCUGUCUUGGAACAAUGAUAACGACUUUCCCAACUCCACCUUCAACUGGGUCGGUCUCGACAGCUCGCAGAUCCUCACGCACAUGACACCGGUCAACAACUACAACAGCCAGUGCAAUAUGGAGGAUAUCAGAAGGGGUAUGACCGGGAACAAGAACAUGGAGGUGACCUCACAAGCCCUUCUCCUCUACGGCAACGGCGAUGGUGGCGGCGGUCCCACUCCGCCCAUGCUCGAGAAGCUUCGCCGAGCUCGCGCUAUCGGCAAACACCCCUCAGCGGGCGGCCAGAUCCCCCUCGUUCACAUGGGCGGAUCGAUGGACGAGUUUUACGCAGCAAUCAGGGACGAGACUAAAGAUGCUCGACUCCUGCCCAACUGGCGGGGCGAGCUAUACGCCGAGUUCCACCGCGGUACCUACACCACCCACGCAAGCAUCAAGAAGGGGAACCGGAAGGGCGAGAUCCUGCUUAGGGAGGCGGAGCAUGCCGCUACGAUGGCCAGCAUCGCUUCGGCUCCGUACCACUAUCCGCAGAAGAAACUCGACGCCGCUUGGGAGGAUCUCUUGCUCUGUCAAUUCCACGAUGUUCUACCUGGGAGCGGUAUCGGCAUGAUCUACGAGGAUGCCGAGGAGCGGUACGCCAACGUACAAAAGAUCGGCGCGGAGGUGUUGAAAUCGGCUUAUGACGUUCUCUACCCGGGCUCAAAGGCCAUCGAGGAGGGAAUCUCGGGGAUGGAUCUUUUCGCUAUCAACACCCUACCUGGCGUGCCUCGACUCGAGGUAAUGGAGGUUGCCGGAAAGGCGGGAGUAGUCGCUCAGCGGGGCGCGAGCGGGAAGGGAUAUGUUCUGGUCCAGGCGCAGGACGGGUUGGGGAAUGUCAAGGCGCUUGAUGGGUCGGUGCAGGGGGUCAAAGUACAGCAGAUUGGAGAGUCCCUCAUCAUGAGCAACGGUACCCUCAAGAUGGAGAUGAAGGAGGGGCGGAUCGUCUCCGUCUACGACGCCCAGGCAGACAAGGAGAUCAUUCCGGAGGGCCAGAGCGGCGGUCUCGUCAUCAUGGAAGACCAUCCUAAUGCUUGGGAUGCCUGGGAUGUUGAUCAGUUCCAUCUCGAAAAGCAGACCCAUCUCAGCUUUGGCUCGGCCAGCAUCGUCGAAAGCGGUCCGCUACGAGGCGUCAUCGGCACUUCCCUCCGAAUCGGUCAAAGCAGCAUCGAAGUACAAAUCAUCAUGGACGCGGUCCCGGCAUCGCUCAAGGCCGAUGCCCGAAGCAUGAUUCGCUUCGACGCCGUUGUGGACUGGCGAGAGAAACACAAGUUCCUCAAGUUUGAGCUGCCAAUGACUAUCUCGGCCGAGAAUGCUACCUACGACACACAAUUCGGAGUCGUGUCUAGGCCUACACACCGAAACACCUCCUGGGACAAUGCCAAAUUCGAGGUGUGCGGUCACAAGUUUGCCGACCUUUCCGAGUACGGAUACGGUGUCGCCAUCCUCAACGACUGCAAGUACGGCUACGCGACCGAGGGGAAUGUCAUGCGCUUGUCGCUGCUCCGAGCUCCGACCGAGCCAGACGCCAAUUGCGACAUGGGUACCCACGCCUUUUCUUUCGCCAUCUACCCGCACAAAGGGACGUUUGCAGAGAGCGAUGUGCCGAUCGUGGCUGCUGCCUUCAAUAUGCCUAUGCAAUGUAAUAUCUCGGACGCCGACCGGCAAGACAUUGCCUCAGUCGCCAAGCGCCCGCCCAUCACACUGGAGGGGGCGCCAAACGUUAUCCUCGAGACGAUCAAGCGGGGCGAGGACGAUGAGGCGGACGGGACGUUCUGCAUCGUCCUGAGGAUGUUUGAGCAGUAUGGCGGGCAUGCCAGGCCUACCCUCAAGUUGCGCGAUCUGGCGAUUAAGAAGAUCCAGCUGGUCAAUCUGCUCGAAGAGCCGGUACACGAAAUCGAGGUAAAAUCUACUACUUUCGCGGGCGAGACGGUGCACGAUGUGCAACUGUGCUUCCGCGGGUUCGAAAUCAAGACAGUCAGAGUGUGCCUUGAGCGGAGGAGGAAGGAGAAAGAGAGGAGAGGGUCAAGCGGGUCUUGGGUCAAAGUAUAG